AUGUUAACAUUUCUGGGGGAGAGGGGUGCAGUGAUGAUUGGGAAGCGCCCCAGAGGAAUCCUGCAGUGGACUGACUUCAAGCACAUCAAUGUAGAACUCAUUCUCAUUGCAAAGAAAACGAAGAGGCUUCACAAUGACAAAUGGUGGGAAAAUAGAGAGGCGCUGGCUACAGUCCACACUCUCCAUAGUCAUGAACAGAACAUGAUCAAUGGUGUUACGCUGGGCUCCAAUACAAGUCGAGGUCUGUGUAUGCCCAUCAAUGUUGUUAUUGCAUCUCUUAUUAAGAUCUAUAACUUCUUGGGUGGAAAAUGCAACAGGAGGAUUCAGAUGAGAACAGGGGUUGUGUGUUCCAUUUCUCAAGCCCAGAAAGAUGAGUUAAUUCUUGAAAGAAACAACACUGAGCUUGUAUCAAAUUCAGCUGCUUUAAUUCCGCAACCCAUGACAGUUAAAAACAGGGCUAUCCAAGAAUCUUUUGGACGUUAUCUAGAUUUCUGA